CCAAUAUGGCGGCGCCCAUGUAAACAUGCCGCAGUAACUGAAGGGGUACAGGGAAUAGGGACUCAUUGAUAACUGUUACGUCUCUGUCUCUUCUGCAAUUUGAUGUGCCCUGCAAUAUCCGUGCUCUAUUCUGUGCCCUUUGCUAUCCUUCUCUCUAGAUGCCGAUACUCACUACUUGGGAAGUUGCUCUGUAAUUACAGAUAUCCACUCCCUGAGAGGGGCAAGUGCUCAUACAGAAUGGAGAGACCAUCAGUGUCUGAGAAUUCUGGAGAAACUGUGAUUAAAGAGGGAAGAGCCAGCGUUAUCUACCCCAGCGCCAAUCAAGUCUUUUAUAAUCCUGUACAGGAAUUCAAUAGAGAUUUAACCUGUGCAGUGAUCACAGAAUUUGCUCGUAUGCAACUUCUACAGAAAGGAAUUAAGAUUUUGGUACCGGAUGAAAGGGAAGAGCAGAAAGUAGUGAUACAUUUAGCAGAGGAAAAGGAAGAUCCUGUACAGCCUGCCCUGGAGGAUCAACCAACCUCCAAUGAGUUGCGCACCGCAGGUGUUGAGGAGCCUUGUCCUGAUGGCCUGCGUGUUUUAGAAGGUCUGGCUGCUUCUGGUUUGCGUUCAAUCCGUUUUGCACGAGAGGUGCCAGGAUUACAUAGCAUCAUCGCUAAUGAUUUCUCAGCCAGUGCAGUGGAGCUGAUUAAAAGAAACAUACAGUUCAAUGGUGUGGAGAAUCUAGUGACAGCCAGCUACAGUGAUGCCAGAAUGCUGAUGUAUAGCAGGAGAGAGACACGUGAACGCUUUGAUGUCAUAGACUUGGAUCCGUAUGGAAGUCCAUCUAUGUUUCUGGAUGCAGCAGUACAGAGCGUUAGUGAAGGAGGACUACUCUGCGUCACUUGUACCGAUAUGGCCGUGAUGGCAGGGAACAGCGGAGAGACCUGCUACAGCAAAUAUGGCGCAAUGUCUAUCAAGUCCAAAUUCUGUCACGAGAUGGCCCUCCGCAUCCUCUUGCACAGCUUAGAUUUGCGGUCCAAUUGCUACCAGCGUUACAUUGUUCCGUUGCUCUGUGUCUCUGCUGACUUCUACAUUCGCGUCUUUGUUCGUGUGUUCACAGGACAGGCAAAAGUUAAAUUGUCCGCCAGUAAGCAGGCGCUGGUGUACAACUGUGUGGGAUGUGGAACAUACCACGUGCAGCGUAUGGGAAGAGCCACAAGCCAAGGAAACCACACAAAAUUUUCACCUGGAACUGGUCCGCCUGUAGGAAUGAACUGCGAGUUUUGCCACCAAAAGCAUCAGAUGGGAGGUCCGCUGUGGGCGGAGGCUCUUCAUGAUAAUGAUUUUGUCGGAAGAGUCUUAUCGGCUUUGGAACGAAACCCAAAGAGAUUCAGAACCUCAGACAGAAUACAGGGUGUGCUCAGCAUGGUAACAGAGGAGCUGACUGAUGUCCCGUUAUAUUACACAUUAGAUAACUUGAGCAGUGUAAUUCAUUGUAGCACCCCACCUUUGCUGCAGUUCCGCUCUGCUCUGCUCCAUGCAGGCUACAGGGUCUCUCUGUCUCAUGCUUGUAAACAGGCUGUGAAAACUGAUGCUCCUGCUUCCGUCAUCUGGGACGUAAUGAGAUGCUGGGAGAAACAGAACCCAGUGAAGAGAGAGAAAUUAUCUGAGACCAGCCCAGCAUUCCACGUCCUGAGCAAGGAGCCUAGUCUACAGGCCUGUUUUGAUGUCCGAGAAGAUGCUAAUCCAAAAUCAAGAAAACUUGGUCUGAAGAGGUUUCAAGAAAAUCCAGAGGCCAACUGGGGGCCUAAAGCAAGAGCCAAGGCAGGGGGCGUGAUUGUUCCAACAUUAGAGGAGAAGCGUAAGCAGCACCAGAACAAGAGAAAAACCUCUCCUGGAGCUGAGAACUGUUUCAAAAAUUUCCCCUGCAAGAAGUUUAAACAGGGCAACUGCGAUUUAGGAGAGAAAUGUUGUUAUGCCCACAUCCCUGCCCCUGCAGAACCUGAAAAAAGGCCAUCUCCACACGAAGCUCCACCUUCAAGCUAGAAUGAAGAAUACUCUUAGCAAAAUCAUCAAUAAUUCAUAACAGAAGGUUUUAGGCAUUUAAAGGGAGGCAGUAACAUGAUCAAAACAGACUAACUGCCUCAUAAUCCUUCCUGUUAAAAAUACAUACAUGUGCUCAGUUUGCUUUAAAAAAAAAAAGGUAGCUUAUUGAGUCCUCAAGUGCCUGUUUAUCUUUUACUUAACUAAAAACCCUGUCCACAUUUAUUUCACCACAAUGUUAUAUUUUAAAACUUUAUACUGUAUAAAAGAACAUUACUAUUAUGCAAAAAUUGACAUUACUUGCAGUUUGAUGUUGGCAACUGCAAAAUACAAACAGAUUCAUUAUCCGAACACCCAGCACUGUAAGUGCAGAGGUGAAGUGAACAAGAGGGAGCACACUAGGACUAAUAACCUAUUAUAUAAAACAAAACUGGUUUUAAUGUUCCCAUAAAUCUUUCUCUUUAACAUCCUCUCCCUUUAACAUUACAGAUUUUGUUUUGCGUAAAAUGGUAAUCCUUGAUAUUGGAGAUUUGACUUAUUUAGUACAGGAAGUGUUUUCACCCAUAUCAUUUUUUUUAUAGUACAUAUUUAUGUAGCUGCUAGCUCCACUUGUUCAUUAUGAGGCUAGAGAGAAAUGCGCCUACAAAUUAUUAUAUAUGAAAGCAGAGAUGGACACUAGCGUUUUUUUUUUUUUUUUUUUGCAAACCAGUACAAAGACAACAUCUUAAAAACAAUGGGAAUAAAUAAGGUGAACAUGUUUAGUUUUGUGUUAAUAGGCCUUUACAUGUGAUUGUAAGAUUUCCUUUAUACUAUAGCACAUUUAAAAGAUAAGGAAAGGAAGGUUUUUUUUUUUUAAUAAAGUCUUUGCAAACAUGCAUUUGCUGCGCUGAGUAAAAAAAACACUUGCCAGCAGUGCUAGGCAUAUUGCUGUACAAAUGUUGAUUGGCUUGGUGAAACAAUUUUUUUUCCUUGGGUAGAGGGAGGUUGUAUAUUUUGGACUUCAUGUGCUGUAUUCUUAAAAUGUAGGAUUUCUAGACUUCGUAUCAAUUUUAAAUUUGUCUUUUUAAUUCCUUAAGUUAUUUGUUUUGUGUGUAUAUAUAAACAAAGUGACUUGUGGCAGUUCUAAAUCAAUAAUUAUGUUCCGACAUGGGUACUACUUUAUAACCAGAUCAAUUUACAAAGUAGUUUAUGUGUUUUAUUAUUGAGUGUUUUUCCUUUUAGAACUGACGGCUGGUUCUAUAGCAGUGCUUAAAACCUUUUUCAUUUUUUUACUUAAUUUUUUUUAUCCCUCUAAUUAUUUUUACCUGAAAGACAAAAGAUUUUUUUGAGAAAGAAAAUACAAUUUAUUUAUGUUGUUGUAGAAAUGUAGCCUAUGUGACGGCACUCCAUUUAAAGGGGCUGUACAAUGAGGGGGCUCCUUGACUUGCACAUGUGUACGAUCCUUUGAGGUUUUGUUGCUAACUGUCCCAGUGGGGCCGAUUAUUAUAUUGGAUGGUAGCCAAGAAUGUGCGAAUCUCCAUAGGUUUAAGAGUCACUUGAGAAGGAUCCAGCUUAGAUUUGAAAUUGGGAAGAGAGGAUGCUUUGUGAUCUGAAGGAGAGAAAUGCAUAUCGUUAUACAGGAAGAAUAAAAUACUUUAUUUUAGAGAA